UCGGUACAGUAGGGAAGUCGUUCGAGAACAAUAUUUUCGGUCUUGAUCUGUCCGGUUGAUCACAACAUUGCUCGAUUAGUCGCGUUUGGGUGUUAUCGACCACAGCGUCGGGUGUAUUAUGAUUCUCUAAUGAAUCUCCUCGAAUGCAACGUCGAAGACUUUAAAGUGCAAGGAAACUGGUGCGAAGGACGAAAGUGUGAAAGUGUACGCUCACCGCUACUUGCGCAGAGAAACAUAUCAUUUCACGUUCUCGACGCGUACGGAAGAUUCAUUCUGAUUACAUUCUGAGGCAAAUCCGGACCAACGAAUCGCGGAGUUGAACUGAACAUUCUUGAGUUGAUUAAUUGACACACAGUGCAAUUACACUAUACGUGCGGACAGUUCAUGACAAAUUGAAAAACGAAUACUAGAAGACAACUGGAGUGGCAACGGAAUUUUUUUCUCUGUUGUGGAAAUAUUUAAAUUCGUAUGUCACGCCUUUCCAUGAGGAAUUUUACGUUUCGAACGAUCCGAACACGAUCCUUGCGAUUGAGUUUCGCGAUCGGGCGUGAACAAUAACCGUUCCGUGAUAAACCGACACGACAUUAAACACGUUCAAUGACAGUGAAACGCGUGAUUUUUUAGUUUCGCAUUCGCUCGCCGGUUUGCUGUAUCGAUAUAUGAUUAUCCUUUGUUUUUUCACCAUACAUGUGUUGAAUUAUUCUGAAAGAGACUUGCAAUUAUUUGCAUUUUCCAUCGGCUAUGGUUGUAGUCAGUGGUGGGUGGGUACAAAAUGCCAGUUUUCCUGCCAGUCAAUACAAUGCAGAAGAACAAAAUGACAGCCAAAGGUGUCUUAAUCUGCAGGGAAAAUUCCCAUCCAUUUCAAGAACGUACACUGACAUUGGAGAAACCUGUGAAAAUCGGUCGUUCUGUGGCUAGAUCCACAGCUGCAGCAAACAAUGCGAUCUUUGAUUGCAAAGUAUUAUCUAGAAAUCAUGCGUUGCUGUGGUAUUCCAGUGGAAAGUUUUACUUGCAAGAUACACAUAGUAGUAAUGGUACAUUUGUUAAUAAUCAGAGACUUGGUGCUGCCAAUGUAGAAUCUCCACCAAAGGAGGUAUUUUCAGGUGACAUAGUGCAAUUUGGCGUUGACGUGAUGGAGAGUACAAAAAAGUUUAAGCAUGGAUGUAUAGUUGCAACACUGAAAUUGUAUCUGCCUGAUGGGAAGGAAGCUAAUGUUCUUACAUCGGUUGCAUCACCAAUCAAUAAUGUUUCCCUUGAAGAUUUGUAUAAGUUGAAUCAGGUCAUGCAAGAGGCUUCAAAACGCGAGAAGGCACUUAAUUCUAAGUUAUAUUAUCUUCAACAGCUUGUGGCUAAUACCAGAAAAGCUGCCAAUCAGUCUUGGACGGCAUUAAUAGCAGAGGAUCGAUUGUUGUCUUGGGUAGAGACUGUUGAAAGCCAAUUGAAUGUUUACUCUAAAAAUUACACAGAAGAUAAAAUCAGAAAUGAGUUGGUAAAGCUUCAGGAGGAAAAGGCACAGUACCAAAAUGCAGCAAAGGAAGCAUUACAGAAAGUACUACAAGAAAAGCUGGAAAUUUCUCAAAGGUUAUUACAGUUAGAAGGACGUCUAAGUGAAACAGAAGAGGAAUGUCAGAGUCUUCAUAAUAUAGGAAAGUAUACUGAAUCAGAGUUUCAUGUACUGAGUAGUAAAUAUUCAGAGGUACAAAAGAAACUUCAGGAAACCACAAAUAAACUGACUGAGACUGAGGAACAGAUGAAAGACAUGAUACAAAAUGUAGAACAAGAGAAACAAGAACUUCUGAGAAGAAUUGAAGAUCAAUCCAGAAUUGAAAAGAAUCUACAAGCAAGGUUACGUGAUUCCAGAUUAGAUUCUGUCAAUAGUCAUAAGCAGAUCACUGCCCUCAGAAAUUACAUGCAGAUUUUGCAAGAUAAGAAUUCAAAAAUGGUAACCAGCGAUAACAUGGAAUCCAAGGAUGAAGAGAAUCCUAUUGAAGCCAUUAAUAUUAUCCUUAAUAAACUGAAUUCUAUACACGCUGAUAACAUGGAGAUCGACGUGGAAACUAAUUUUUGUCCUUUAAAGGACGAACAGGACAAUCAAAUUAACUUGCGAGAUAUUGAUUCAAAUCAGUUAAAAAAUUCUGACACUACUUUUUCGAAGGAACAAUUAGAAGAUUCAUUGACUAACAAUGAUAAUGUAACAGAGUAUAUUUUACCACCGCCGUCUCGAAGAACUUUAGUCAAUGGAAAUGUAAAUAUAGACAAUUCUGAUAUCAAUUCGGAAUCUGAUACCAAUUCGGAUGCAACAGAUGAUACAUGUAGUAUUACCAGCGACGAUACAAGCGAGAAAUCUGUUAUAGAAGUUAAAAGAGAGGAGCCUGCUUAUGAAGUAGUUGAGGAAAUUGUAGUACCUUACAAAAUGGAAGUUCGAUUCGCGUGCGAAGAAAAUGGCAAGGAAUCGGAAGUUCCUUGUCAGCUUCAGAUCAUGCUGAAAGAAAAAGUAAGCGAAGAAAGGGAAGCUACUGUUGAAAGUACAAAUAACUUUAAAUCUUUAAAUGAGUCAAUUUCCGUGGAAACCAAUCAACAGAAGAAAAAGGAUGAAGGAGACAAGGAUAGUACCGAAUUAGAUGAGGAAUGUGAAGGGGAACAUUUAGAAAGCGAUUAUGUGAAAACAUUGAAACCUGUGUCUAAACAUGAUGCACAACAAAAUUUAUAUACAAGGGAGUAUCUACUACAAACAUUAAUAGGAUCUCUAGAUUCUUUAAAACUUGAAGACAAUUUAGAGUCACAACAAGCAGUCAAAAAGGAGUUAGAAAAUCUCAAGGAUUGGUUGAUUAAUGAACCACCUGAAGAAAUUGUUGAGAAAUUAAAAGAACUAUACUACCGUGCCAAGAAUGAAUCUCAAAGAAUUCAAGAGCUCCACGAAGAGUUAGUCAUUUUAAAGGAGAAGUACAAUGCUUUUGUCGAAGAGAAGGCAGAGCUCUUAAAGAAGUAUACAACUCUCAGAGCGCAAUGCGGUGAUUUAUUAAAUGCAACCUAUUCUGUACCAAUACAUUAUGUAGCACCCAUUGCGAUAAUGUUAGUAUGGAUGCUACUACAGAAAAUAUUCUAAUAUUUCUUU